AUGAUGUUCUGGAAUAACAGUGGUGCUAUGGAACCUGUAUUUAUCCUGAAGGAUUUUCCUGGAUUGGACUACGCUCAUUCUUGGCUCUCAGUCCCAUUCUGCCUUGCAUAUUUGAUAGCAUUUAUUGGUAAUGUUAUCAUCCUCUCUGUCAUUUGGAUAGAGUCCUCACUCCAUCAGCCCAUGUAUUACUUCCUUUCCAUCUUGGCACUGACCGACCUGGGUAUGUCUAUGUCCACACUUCCCACGAUACUUGCUGUGUUAUGGUUGGAUGCUCAGGAGAUCAAGGCAAGUGCUUGCUAUGCUCAGCUAUUCUUCAUUCACACAUUCACAUUUCUGGAGUCCUCAGUGCUAUUGGCCAUGGCCUUUGACCGUUUUGUUGCUAUCUGCCACCCACUGCACUAUGCGACCAUCCUCACCAAUGGUGUAAUUAGCAAGAUUGGUUUGGUCUGCUUGUUAAGAAGCAUGGGAGUUGUACUGCCCACACCCUUGCUAUUGCGACGUUAUCACUACUGCCAUGCCAAUACCCUCUCCCAUGCCUUCUGCUUGCACCAAGAUGUUUUGAGAUUAUCCUGUUCAAAUGCCAGGAUCAACAGUGUUUAUGGACUGUGUGUAGUCAUUGCCACCCUAGGCAUGGAUUCAGUCUUCAUACUUCUUUCUUAUGUUCUGAUUCUGAGUGCUGUGCUGGGUAUUGCCUCCCAUGAAGAGCGGCUAAAGGCACUGAACACAUGUGUAUCUCAUAUCUGUGUGGUUCUCAUCUUCUUUGUGCCAGUUAUUGGGGUGUCAAUGGUUCACCGCUUUGGGAAGCAUCUGUCUCCUAUAGUCCAUGUCCUCAUGGCCAACAUCUACUUGCUUCUGCCCCCAGUGCUUAACCCCAUUGUUUAUAGUGUCAGGACAAAACAGAUCCGUUUAAGAAUUCUCCGCAAAUUUGGGCUAGGGAAGAGGUUUUAA